AUGGCGUUGAACCCGCAGUUGCUGCCGCACACCCCGAUGCCCGUGCCCUUCGUCAACGAGAUCUUCGUUCUCGCAAGAGAAGGCGUCGAGUUCGAGGUCGAUAAGGUUCCCCUCGAUGGGUAAGGAUCACCCCGCUGCCCCCUUCAAAACUUUAUUCCUUGCCGUUUUUAGGGUUUUUCUGGACUCAAUAUUUCACGGUGACUCGACCUUGUAUACGAUUACCCACGAGGAAAUUGGCAAAACAACCGGAUUUCCUGUCUAGACGUGCAUGUGCUACAAACAUGGAAGGAUGACAAGAGGGUUCCCCAUACCACUCUCUAGCGCUAGGAACAUGAUUCCCCGAUUGAUGUCAACCCCGAAGUCUGCCGAAUUUCUCAUUCCAGACGAAAUCGAUUUGUUUGCUAAUGCAGUCCCAAAUUUAUCUCGAGUUCUGAAUACAUUUUGUCUUAUUUUUUCUCAAUUACGUGCUUAUUCUCCUCUUAGAGGUCAUGGAGGGGAAGUCAAAGCAAGAGGGACAGUCUUCUUGUCAAAUAUACGAAUGGUGUUCGUUGCCAGCAAACCUGUUGGGGGAUUCGUGGCUUUUGAUAUGCCCUUGGUAUGAAUAUAGUUUAUUUGGUGGAUAAAUUUGCCUGCAGUAAUUUCUAUUUAUGAGCUGAUCCCUUGUGAUUGCUGAUGUCUAACAAAUCAAAUUUAUCUUUUCUGUUAAGACAAACCCUUACUGCACAUGUGCUGUGUGAAGGACUUGGGCUUUGCAUUUCUUCUUAUCCUGCAACAUCCAAAGUCGUGAAAUUGUAUCUUUAUGGAUGCUAGUGUUCCAUGCAUAUUCUUACUGCGGGGAAAAUUGUCUUGGAAGGGUUAUACAGCAAGAAUCCUAGCACGGAUGACGGAUCCAAGUACAGUGAAGCUCCUAAUUUUGUACCCAUAAAAGUUCUAUUAAGCUUGUGUUACUAGAAAGAAUGUAGCAUCACAUUAUCUAUGGACGAAUGUAGACAUAGAUUUACUAGUUUCGUUCUUCUAGAAAAAAAAUAUUCAACGGACUGAAAGACAUGGAGUUGAUCGACCUGGGUCACAUCUGCACCAAACCAUUCGAUUCAUCAAUUUCUACUUUUCUUGUAGUUUGGCCAGAGAAAGUUCGCUAAAGCUAAGACUUUUUAAACUGAGAAAAUGUGGCAGAUUCUGUAAGAACAGUGAGGGCACGGACCAUCAAGUACUCCAUAGUUAAUUUUUCAGGUUUGUAUAUUUGGACUCCCCUUCCCUGCUCCAAAAACAUGAAUAUUCGUUGAUGAAGUCCACCAGGCCCCUAAUCACAUGCAAAGAUGACCAAAUUAUGUUGCUGAGUCGACCCAUUAAAUCCAGUCCUCAGUCAGUUCAUUCAUGACUUAAAUUUUCUUUCGAGAUUUUUGUUUUAGUAGAAGAUUCGGAUAUUCAUUUCAUUUUUUGGUUCUUAGGUUUUCAGUUUGGGAAUCUUAUGAGUAGCCUUUCCUGAAUUUAAGAUCGGACUGGUAAAAAUAGGGUUUGUUCCCUGUCUGUGGAGGAGCUCCUGUUGUUAUUUCCUUUUCUAUGCACGAGUUGUCCUUGUGUAAUGAUCUGUUUUGUGGUCCAAGGGCACGAGGCUUCAGAUUUUUCUUUUUCUGAGGGCCUUAUGUAAGAAUCAUUUGUUUGAUCAGUGCUUUGUUUUCUGGAUGGGUUGAAUAAAAUGAAGAACUUUCAGCAGAGUGGUGCUGAAACCCUCAUUCGGAACUGAUGUUUCGGAGCCUCACUUUCCUUUAUUUUUUAUCCCAUAAUGGCAAAAAAACAUAUCUCUGGAGAAUAUCGACAUUCUAGGUCUUUCUGGCUGCCUGUAGCCGUAUCUGAUCCGCAAGAGUCUCCCUUAUGGCAGCUAUUUGUACAUGGAGAAAAGUUCAACCAGCCAAUAUUCUUCUGCAACAACAUCUCUGCUUUUGUGGAGCCUGUGAGUAUAAUAGUCUUUUGAUCAAUCACUGUUGGAGCAUGGCGAGGGAGUUGACUUUCUACUAUCUACUAUGCUUAUAAGUUUGCCUUUCUGGUGUUUGUACGACUGCUUGGUUUCAGGUCGUGCCUGAUGGCCAGCCCAGAGUCCUCUACUCCACCCACACCGUGAAGAUCUUGUUCAAGGAGGGCGGCUGUGGAACCUUCGUGCCACUCUUCCUGAACCUGAUUGCGUCGGCCAGGCAGUACAGCCAGUUUGCAGCGGCGGCGCAGGCGGCCGAUGCGGCCACCACUCGUGUGGAUCCCCUCCAGGCCUCGGCGAGGCCAGUCGAUGACAUGAUGAGGCAUGCGUAAGUGUCACCACCUCCCCCCUAGAAUAAAGAAACUCAUGUCUCUGGUCACCUCCCCCGACUAAACUGGUAGCAAACUUGACUCUGUUGGCGCAGGUACGUUGAUCCGAGUGACCCGUCGAAGAUUUUCUUGCAGCAGCCGACAGUGGAAUCACAGCUCCGGCGGCGAUCUUACCACCCCCAGCCCCCCGAGAACUCCAUAUGA